AUGGAAUUAAUAAAAAAUAAUUUGUUAUGGAAAAAUUCAUUGUCAUCUUCAUUAUAUUCUGGUGAUACAUUCAAAAAACGUCUAGCACCAUCAAUAUAUGAUAAUUUUUUGACAAAUUAUGGAGAUAUACAAAAUAUUACAAUGCCAGAGUAUAUAAAUGUUCCAAAUGACUUACAAAGAUCAUCAAUGUUAGGAAAAAAAAAAUUUUUUAAGACAGAAAAUUCUACUAUUAAUCAUAUAACAACAAAUAGGCAAAUUUUAAAUGUUAAAGAUAAACAUGGAAUUUUAAGAAGUUUAUCAUUUCAAUUUAGUCCAUUUCGUGGAACAAAAAUUGUUGAUACAUCACCAUCACAAACAAAUGGAACAUCUACCUCUAAAAUGAAUAAAGAUAUUUUUAAUAAAAAAUCAGAUGAAUUUGGGGAAGUUGGACCAUUACUUGGUGUUCAAAUGUAUGGAUGUUUAUUAAAAAAAUAUAAAAAGAAAAAUAGGCCUGUAAAAUGGAAAAAAAGAUUUUUUAUUUUAAAAGAAUGUUUUUUAUUAUAUUAUUCAUGUAGUGUUAAGAAAGAAUUUGAAUCAACAAGAAGGAUAAAUUUACAUCCAAAAGGAAUUAUUCCAUUAAUUGGUUGUUCUAUUAUCUCUGGUGGAGAUGUUGGAAAAAAAUAUUGUUUAUUAAUAACACAUUGCCAAUUUGAUUCAGCUAUUAUUGUAUGUGCUACAGAUAUCAAGUGCCAGGAGAAUUGGUUUAAAGCACUUAAAGAUGCUACAAAAAUAUCUUAUAAAAAUACACUUUAUGGAGAACAUAUUAUAAGAGAACUAGAGUCAAAAGGUAAUUUAUUAAAUGAAGAAAAAAAAUCAAUUGAAGAGAAAUUUCAAAAGGAAGCUUUAGCUAGACAGGAAGAAAAAGAACGAAAUUUUGAAUUAGAAAAAAUGAGAGAGGAACUAGAAAAGGAACGAGAAAAAUUAGUUAGAUUAACAAUGAAAAUGAAAGAAGAUAUUUCAAAAGUUAAGAAUGAUUUAACUCAAACUAAUGAAGCUAAACAUAAAUUGGAAGAUGAAAAGAUAAUGCUUCUAACAAAAACUGAACACUUGGUAACAAAUAUGGAAUGUCUAAAUCUUGAAAAGACAAAAAUUGAAGAUCAAAUGAAUCAAAUAUUACAGGAGAGAGAGAAAUUUUUACUAGAAAAUCAAAAUUUAUCUUCUGUAACAUGUCAAUUAAAAAAUAAAAUGCAAGAAAUUGAAAGUAAAACAACAAAAAUUGCCACAGAAAAAGAAAAAAUUGAAUGUUUAAUGAGGUUAAAUGAACAGAAGACAGUUGAAUUAGAAAGAGAAAGAGCUGUAUAUACAAGACAAACUAAAGAGUUACUACAAAAUCUUAAAAUAAUUAGUGAACAAAAGGAGAUGACAGAAGCUGAAUUAAAAGAUGAAGUUAUUGCUAGAAUUGGGGCUGAGCGUCAAUUGUAUGCUGCAGAAAAAGCUUUGGAACACCUUGAAAAUGCAUUGAAACUGACAGGUGCUCAGAUGGCAGAACUCCAGGAACAUAUCAUGCCAGAUGUACAUAAGUUAAGAGAAUUUUUUGAAAAAUGUGCAAUUGAUGCAAAAUUAGAAGCUCAAAAAUCAUUAGUUAUGAGGAAUGCUAUAUAUGCAAGAAGAUCAUUUCGAAAAAACCCUGUAAAAAAUAGGCCUAAAAAUGCUUUCAAAAGGCACGUAUCAAUGAAAGAAGAUAGAAGAAAUAUGGAGAUCGUAAAGUACAACGAUGACAAUGAUUUUCCAUAA